CUUUUGUUCGUGACAGGAAAGAUAUUAUCGUCUUUCAAAUUUGCAUUAUCAACAAUGGAGGACAACGAGGUUAUUUUUCAGAAACAAGUCGUUCCCAAUACCAAAACCAAAGUUGGGAAACCGCCCACCAGGCUGCAAAAGCAUGCUCCGACCUCGCUUCAGGUUCAUCAGGUCGCUGCAAGCUCUUUCGGGUCUUCCAAGGCUGUGAUUCCCCUGUUGUCCCCUCUUACUGUUUCGCCAAGGCCGUUGGAAUGGGAAGAGUUCAGGUUUCCGACAGGGGAUGACAAGGACAAUGGUGCAGUAGCGGUGACAGCAAUGAUGGUUGCAGGAGGUUGGCAGCAUCCGGCGGUGGUGGGAUGCGUGGAGAAUUCAGCUUUGUUUAAUUUGUUUCAGUCGAAAUGUGUUCUUGUGAAUGAUGUGCAGUGAGGGUGUUGUGGCUCUCGGGCAGCUGGGUAUCAUAGGAUGAUUCUUUCUGUUUUUGCCUUCUAAUCCCAAUUUCCCAAAGUUAAUUUUUGUUUAAUAAAUGUUGGGUAAUCGAGACCUUUUUCCUCUGGCCAUCAUCUUUCAGGAAAGAAAACACUAAUAAUCUGUUAAUCCAUGUUUUGAUUCAGCAAUCAAACAUCAGUUAAUGC